AUGGCCGAGCUGUCAGCAUGCAAGGCUUUGCCUUCGCAGCAGGUGCGCUCGGUCGCUCGGAGCCGACCGACCUGGCAGGAGGAGCUCCAGAGGUUUGUCGACACGUGGGCGAAUGGCGAAGUUCCAGGCAUCAAAUUCUGCACGGCAGUGGCAGCCGCGAUGGGCAGAGCCAAGGCGACGGAGGCGGCUUGGGCCUUCGCCGAGACCCUCCGGAGACGAGACGUGGACUUGGAUACGUUCUUCUUCAACAACGUCUUGCAAGCUUGCUCAUCGAGCAGUCGGUGGGAACUUCCCCUGGCUGUUUUGGCAAAAAUGGUGGCCAGAGGCCCAUGUCCGGAUCUUGCCAGCUGGGGUACCGUGGUCAACGCUUGCACCAGGAGCGCGAGCUGGCAGCAAGCACUGGCCGUGAUGGCUGAGAUGGCCCGGACCCGCAUGCAGCCCAACGUCGUGGUAUAUGGAGCAGCGAUCAAUGCGUGCGCGAGCGGGCAGUGGGAGAGAUCACUGCAGAUGCUUUUGGACAUGCAAGGCACAAAGGUAUUGCCAAAUGUCGUCAGCUGCAGUGCCGUGAUCAGCGCGUGCGAGAGAGGCGCACAGUGGGUGCCCGCUUUGGAGAUCCUACAGCAAAUGUGCAAUGCAGUGCUGCUUCCGGACUUGAUCGCCUUCAGCGCCAGCAUGAGCGCUUGUGCCAGUGCUGGGCAAUGGCAGCGAGCCAUGCAGCUUCUGGCCGAAAUGAAGAGAGCGCACAUACAGCCAAAUAUCUUCAGCUACAACGCUGCAGUGGAUGCCUUUACGCAGACAUCAGAGGGAUGGGCCUGGGCGGGCGUUCUGCAGCUCCUUAGCGACAUGCAUGAAGAGCAGGUGCAACUGCAGACGGAAACCUACAGCAGUGCCAUGCGCGCAUGCGGCCUCGCAGGAUGCUGGGCGACAGCUUUGCUGCUGUGGGAGCAACUAUGGCACAGCCCCCUUGUGGUCACGCACUGA